AUGAAGGAUGGCAAGGUGAUUUUCCCAGCACCUCCACCAAAUAACAUUCCUCAAGGAGCCCCUGUGAAGCAGAAGACUGUAGCAGAGCUGGAAGCGGAAAAAGCAGCUACUAUUACACCUUUUAGAAAAACUAUGACUAGUGCAUCUGUAUACACAGCAGGUUUAACUGGCAUGUUAGGACUGGGCAUUGUUGCUCCUAAUACUGCUUUCACGCAAAUGGUGACAACAUUUGGCCUAGCUGGAAUAGUGGGGUACCAUACAGUAUGGGGUGUGACUCCUGCUCUUCACUCUCCACUCAUGUCAGUAACUAAUGCUAUCUCAGGACUAACUGCAGUUGGUGGGCUGGUAUUGAUGGGAGGAAGCUAUCUCCCUGAAAACACUCCUCAAAGUCUAGCAGUGCUUUCGGCAUUUAUCUCUUCAGUCAAUAUUGCAGGUGGGUUUCUAGUUACACAGAGAAUGCUGGAUAUGUUCAAACGUCCCACAGAUCCUCCUGAGUACAACUACUUGUACCUACUUCCAGGUGGUAUAUUUGUAGGAGGCUAUGCAGCUGCUCUCAAUGGUGGCUAUAAUAUUGAACAGAUGAUGUAUCUGGGCUCAGGCUUAUGCUGUGUUGGUGCCUUGGCUGGUCUGUCCACCCAAGGGACAGCUCGUCUUGGAAAUGCUUUGGGUAUGAUUGGUGUUGCAGGAGGUUUAGCAGCAACUCUUGGAGGCCUUAAACCCUCGCCUGAAUUGUUGGCGCAGAUGUCAGGUGCAAUGGCACUUGGCGGUACCAUAGGUUUGACGAUAGCUAAACGCAUCCAGAUUACUGAUCUGCCUCAGCUAGUAGCUGCUUUCCAUAGUUUG